AUGACCGUCACCGAGCUUGCGCUACUGCGCCUCAAGUCUGGCGCAUCCUUCGACGACCCCACGUUGCGCGCGAGCCUCCAGAAAGCUAAAAAGGCUAUGGAGGACUACACCUCUCAAGCCUUCCAUUACUUUGUUCAGAUUGAAGACCCGUCGCGUUUCUACAUCGUCGGCUCCUGGCAAUCCGUCACGCAGCACUUUGAAGAAUGGAUCCCUUCACCCACAAACCAAGAGCUUCUCGGGCUGCUCAAAGACCAAGUCGACGUCGAAUUCAUGUUCCACCUUGACAUUGAGAAGCCGCGUCUGCCCCUCGACGCCCCCAUCAUAGCCAUUGGCAGGCACUUCAUUGCGCCAGACAGGCGCGUUGGCUUCUCGCACACAUUCGGUGCUCUGAAGCACAAUGUCGAGAACUUCACUGCACCCAAGGAGGUUGCUGGAGGGUGGAGGAUUGACAAGGGUGCGGACGAGAAAGAGGAGUGGGUGCUCUUCACAGGCUGGGACGAGGCUGCCCAGCAUGGGAAGUUCGGGGGGUCGGAAUCGUUUCAGGAGUAUGUGAAAAUCAAGGAGUUUGUGAGCGGGCUCGAUAUCAAACACGCGAAGAUCCUCACGGUCGAUACUAUUGCUACUACAAGCGCAACAUUGGCGUGUGGCUCGCCUUCAACUGCUGCACAUUUGCAUACAAGCCAUUUCCCUCCGCGCGAUUUGGAAAGCCUUCAUGCCGUAACCCCGCUGCGCGUGGCUGAACACGAUAGUCAUGUUCUUUGCUUGAGGAAGGUAUCCACACACGAGGGCCUCACGCUCCAUCUUGCACUUUACUGUGCAACACUCGUUGAGGAAAUUCGAUACGUUGUUAUCACAUACUCGCCUCCCAGAGUCGGAAGCGGCAAACGGCAACAGUGUGCUUGGCAGUGGCAAUGGAUGUUGGCGGGGGUUACGCAGCCGAAGGCAAACCGGGCCAAGAGCUUCCGAGAGAUUCUAGGGGUCGCCACGAGUGGAUUUGUCCGAGUUGGAUGUGGAUUUUCCCAGCGUGAAGCGUGGAAGCUGCUGCGUGGCGUUGAUGUGGAUCAUGGAGCGGAGCUUACCAUAUCGGAGCGUGACGCCUCGGGCCAAGGCAGCGCGUAUUGGUCGCGCCAGCAAAAGUGCAGAGCAAAUGCACCGCGAUUGCAGAGGCGACUCAGAAACACCAGACCCGGGAACCUGACUGAGACGCAAGCGUGUUCCCCGCGGCAGAGGGUGUACAUAAAAGCUUCGAGCCCCGGACAGGAACAGGGACGGCGUUAUCGGAACGCCAAUCAGAACAGCGCGGGCCAGGUUGAGACAAUGCGAGAUGGAGAUCCCGACGCAGGAGCUGGUGCGGUCGCGCCGCCGCUCGCUCCUCCCGGUCACCAACUAAAAGCGCCGAGUCCUGUCCACUCCCGCUCCUGGCCCUUUCCUCUGUCUGUCGUUCUUCUCCUGCUCGUUGAGUCCAGCUCCGCAGCCAAGAUGAACUCAACGACAGCUGCAUUCGCCGCCAAUCCGGCGCCCGCCGACACCUACUGGGCUCAGUUCGAGGAGGUUUCCAAGUACAAUGUCUCCCUCAACUACUUCGAGCGCCUCUGGCUCGCCUGGUACACGUACAUGAACAACGAUGUUUUGGCCACGGGCAUCAUGUCCUUCGUCAUGCACGAGACCGUCUAUUUCGGUCGCUCGCUCCCAUGGAUCAUCAUCGACGCCAUUCCUUUCUUCAACAAGUACAAGAUCCAAGCUGCCAAGGUUCCCACCGCCAAGGAGCAAUGGCAAUGCGCCGCCCUUGUGUUGCUGAGCCACUUCACCGUCGAACUUCCCCAGAUUUGGCUCUUCCAUCCUAUGGCUCAAUUCUUCGGCCUCGAGACCAGCGUUCCGUUCCCGUCGCCGCUGAAGAUGGCCUAUCAGAUCGCCAUCUUCUUCGUUCUCGAGGAUACCUGGCACUACUGGACACACCGUGCCAUGCAUGUCUUCCCCACCCUCUACAAGAACAUCCACAAAAUCCACCACCACUACUCGGCUCCUUUCGGUCUUGCGGCCGAGUACGCGUCGCCCAUUGAGGUCCUCAUCCUUGGUCUCGGCACCGUUGGCUCCCCCAUUCUCUACUGCGCCAUCACCAAGGACCUCCACAUCCUCACCAUGUACGUGUGGAUUGUCGCUCGUCUCUUCCAGGCCAUCGACGCCCACAGCGGCUACGAGUUCCCUUGGAGUCUGCACCACUUCCUGCCUUUCUGGGCCGGUGCCGAGCACCACGACACCCACCACGAGCGUUUCAUUGGCAACUACGCCAGCAGCUUCCGCUGGUGGGACUACGUCCUUGACACCGAGUCUGGUCCUGAGGCCGCCAAGAGAAGGCGCGAGAAGAGGCUCGCCAAGGCCAAGAAGGCCCAGUAG